ACCAACCAUAACCGAAGCCUCCACCUGCAAAAUUGGUAAGAGAACUUGAUAAUUUUUGUUCUUCUCUUGCUCAAGAACAAGUUUAGGACUUAGAAAUCUUCUCCCUUGCAGAAAUUUUCCCAGAUCUGCUGCUUUCUUCCUUCCCUGCCACCGGCCACAGCUGGGUUUGAGGGACUUAAAGAGGGAAAGAUUUUGGAUAAGGAUGACUUCUUUUCUUUUUCUUUUUCUUUCUUUCUUUUCUUCCCAGCCUUGCCUGAUUCUGCUCUUCUUUUUCUUUCUUCCCGCUGCAGCCACUCGAAAGAAAAAGAAAGGGAACCCGACAGCCAUGCUUGAGGAAAUCGGUAGAGAGCUUGAUUUUUCCCUUCUUUUCUUGUCCAAGAACCUGAUUUGGAACCCAGAAAUCUCUCCCCCUGCAAGAAGCUUCCGGAUCUGCGCUGUCCUUCCUCCCAUGUCCGCCGGCUGCUCUUGCUUGUGGGGUGUGAUUUGCUCCGGUUUUGGAUCCGUGAGUUUCUCCCCUGCACUUGCCGCCGGCCUCCUCCCCAAUCUGCACCCCGAUUCUGCAGCUUGUAAAUUCUGGUUCCCGAUCGUUCUGUCAGUUAGCACUGAGAUUGAGUGUUUGGUUUUAUGCGAGUGAGGUAAGUAAAUUUAUGGUAAUGCCCGUACUGUUUUAAAAGCAUGUUUUGAUUUGUUUUUGAAGUGGUGGCGGGACUAAACCCGUUUUACACGA